CAACUCUCAACCUUACAACCCUGACUCUCACAACCACAACAUCCUAAACACAAUCCACCAAACCAAACCAACGUAAAGUUUUACAAAACCACCCACCAUGGCAGCAACAACAGCCACCCACCCCGAACUCACCCUCAUCGUGGCGGCCACGCAACAAAUGGGCAUCGGCCGCAACGGCGCCCUCCCCUGGACCAACCUCCGCCGAGAAAUGGCCUACUUUGCGCGCGUCACCAAGCGCCCUCAAACACAACUCCAAAACGCCGUGGUGAUGGGCCGGCGCACGUGGGAGAGCAUCCCGCCCCGCUUCCGCCCGCUGCCGGGCCGCCGCAACGUGGUGGUGUCGCGCUCGCUGCCGUCGAGCCCGCCGCCGGCCGAGGGGGUGGUGGUGGCGAGGAGUUUGGAGGAGGCGCUGGCUUCUGGCGCUGCUUCUGCGCCGGCAGCGUCGGGCAGGGUGUUUGUCAUUGGCGGGGCGCAGAUCUACGGCGCGGCGCUGGAGAUGCGCGAGGCGAGGCGGGUGUUGCUGACGCGGGUGCGGACUGCGUUCGAGUGCGACACCUUCUUCCCGCUGUGCUUGCCCGAUAGCGGGGUGGCCGAGAAGGGGUGGCGGCGGAGAGGGCAGGCCGAGAUGGAUGCGUGGGUGGGCGAGGAGGUGCCGCGGGGCGUGCAGGAGGAGGCGGGCACGGAGUAUGAGUUUGAGAUGUGGGAGAGGGUAGAUUAAAACGGGUGUUAAUCCGG